UUACGCAGGUCACUGUAGGCUGGUUAAACGGCGACGGUCAACAUCGACGGUGGCAGACGGCGAUGAAGCGAACUAGCAAAAGGAAUUUCUCCAUUUGAGAUCGUAAUUGCUCUGUUCAGUUUAUCUCUCCUUGAUAGUUUGGAACUUCACAAGGCGUCAACAGCGACGGUGGCGAACAACCGGCGGCGAACGGAUUAAUUGAUUUGAGGUAGCUAUGGCACAUGCUGAACCUUUAGAUGCAAUAAAGGAGCCAAUGCAGGUCAAGGAUGGUAAUAGAAAACCUCGAAUUCUUCUGGCAGCAAGCGGAAGUGUAGCUGCUAUAAAGUUUGGGAAUCUCUGCAGCUGUUUCACAGAUUGGGCAGAUGUAAGAGCUGUUGCCACACAAGCAGCUUUACAUUUCAUCGAUAAAGCAUCACUUCCUAAGGAUUUGAUUCUUUAUACUGAUGAGCAUGAAUGGUCGUCUUGGUCAAAGAUCGGAGAUACUGUGCUUCACAUAGAGCUUCGUCGCUGGGCUGAUAUAAUGAUAAUUGCCCCAUUGUCAGCAAAUACUCUUGGCAAGAUUGCUGGUGGACUGUGUGACAACUUGCUGACGAGCAUCAUUCGAGCGUGGGAUUAUGAAAAACCAAUCUUCGUGGCCCCAGCAAUGAACACGUUUAUGUGGACGAAUCCUUUCACAGAAAGGCAUCUUAUGGCGAUAGAUGAACUGGGAAUGAGUCUUAUACCACCCGUGGCAAAAAGGCUAGCUUGUGGGGACUAUGGCACCGGUGCAAUGGCUGAACCAUCCCUCAUUUUCUCAACGGUAAGACUCUUCCUGGAAUCGCAUCCAAAUGCAGGUUAAUUAGUCGUUAAUGUUACCAUUAUUUAUGAUAUCUGAUAGCCUGUGUUGUUUCAAAUGCGAAUUUGUUAGGACCUUUCUCGACUCAUUAAAAAUCGAUAUAUUGCAUCAGUAUUCUAAAAAA